AUGAACGCCGACAUGCUUGGUUUCUUGUGCUUCUAUUCCAUUAUGUGCUCCGACAACUCUCGACGAGCCUCUUCGAAGCGUGGUGCGGGCACGGACAUGGCCUUGCCCUCUGCUUCUCUUUCGCAGUCGGUGCUUGCGGGCAAUAGUGAUGCUGCUCCCGACAUGGAAUCCCCACAGCCCCCGUAUACUUCGACUUUGACAUCGACUUCCACGACGAAGGAUCAUGGUCCUGAAAUAAUGCUUUUGUCGCAGUCUCCGCUGUUGCUUCAUACACAGCCUCCGGAGCCAGAACUGAGUGUGAAUGGUGUUUGUCCGGAAUCCGCGGAAUGGUCUCGAUCGAACUCCAUCACGCACCCCGAGUCGGCACCGGAGGACUGUCAGGAAUUACAUGAAGAGGUCAAGGCGACGGAGUUGUCAGGUUUACCAUCCAUACCUGAAUCAGAGUCUCAAGUGGAGCAGGGCGAUCCCGGGAGAGCGGACUUCAGAGAGAUAUCGCCCAAGUUACCUUCAAUACCAGAGGAAGCAGUUGAGUAUUAUCGUGUCUACGAAGCGCACACCGAGCCAGCCCCCUCGCUACAGUAUGUGUCAAUAUCAACAGCAACGGAAGCGGUGGACUAUGCAACCGAAGAUGCUACAGCUACAGCAUGGGCUUCUUCGCCGCCACCAAACCCCGAAAUCGCACCCGCGCCGGUAGUGGUGGACUCUGAACCAAUCCAGGACUCUAUACCGGUGUCGCCGUCCCCAAUUCUAUCUCCUAACAUACAGUCCGCCGCAGAGGAUGCAGCAGACACAUCCUCGACAACCACAAACGACGAAACGACUUCUAUCUUUGAUGACGAGUACUACUCCGACACCUCCAGCUAUACGGCAUCGCUUCUAUCCGAUGUGAAAGACUAUACCUAUGAGAAUGGGCGGCGGUAUCAUUCAUACCGGGAGGGCCACUAUGUGCUCCCCAACGACGACCAGGAGCAAGACCGUCAAGACCUUCUCCACCACGUCCGCAAUCUCGUCCUAAACGGAUCACUCUUUUGCGCGCCAGUCGGGGAGAAUGUCCAACGAGUCCUGGACAUUGGCACCGGGACUGGGAUUUGGGCAAUCGACUUUGCAGACACCUUCCCCAGUGCCGAGGUGGUGGGCACGGACCUGAGUCCCAUCCAGCCCUCAUGGGUGCCGCCUAACCUACGGUUCCUGGUCGACGACGCCGAAUCGCCGUGGCUGUUCAGUGCCAGCCGGCCGUUUGAUUUUAUCCACGCGCGCGACCUGGGCGGCGCCAUCGCCGACUGGCCGCGGUUGCUGCGCCAGGCCUACACGCAUCUCCGGCCCGGGGGCUGGAUUGAGUUGCAGGAGUUUGAGGUGACGCUCCGGUCCGACGACGACUCGCUGCGUCUGGCGCCGACGCUGUGCGAGUUUGUCGGCCGGCUGCAUCAAGCCAGCGAGGCUUUCCACAGGCCCAUGAAUAUCGCCGAGGGUCACAAGCAGCGUCUAAUCGAGGCGGGUUUUGAAGACGUCAGAGAUGAAGUGUACAAGGUUCCCUCGAGUGCCUGGUCUGGGGACUCCGUACAAAAGCAGAUUGGUCGGUACAACCUGUGCUCACUCUUGAUGGCAGUGGAGUCCUACUCACUGGCCCUCUUCACCCGAGUGCUAGGAUGGUCCAACACCGAAACCCAGGUGUUCCUGGCGGGAGUGCGUCGAGAUCUGAAGAACCCGGAGGUUCAUUCGUACUGCAACUUGCACAUUGUGUACGGUCGGAAGCCGUGGUAUUAUUAUCCAACUGGCUAA